AUGAGGUUCGGCGAACACCUCCAAUCGUCCAUGAUUAGGGAAUAUCAUCCCUACUACAUUGCAUACGACGCGCUCAAGGAGGCUCUCAAGACCGACUUUGUCACCCAGCCCACGCCCGAUAUUGCCAAACCGCCUCGCCGGGAAUGGACCGAAGACGACGAGAGAGCCUUUGUCACGCUGCUGGAGAGUGAGCUGGAGAAGGUUUUCCUCUUCCAAAAGCGCAAGAGUGAGGAAAUUGUCUUGCGCAUCCAGGAGAGCGAGGUCGAGGUCACCGAUGUUGUCGAGCGACUUGACAACUCGGGUACUCGCCGCCCGAGUGUCGUUCGCCCGCCGCGACCGCCGCCCACGGACGAAGACUUCUUGUUGAUGGAGCAGAUCCUCAGUGAUAUCAUUGCCGACGUUCAUGAUCUUGCCAAGUUCACUCAGCUCAAUUACACUGGCUUCCAGAAGAUCAUCAAAAAGCAUGACAAAGAAACCAAAUGGUGCUUGCGGCCAGUUUUUGCGGCCCGAUUGAAUGCCAAGCCGUUCUUCAAGGACAACUAUGAUGCGUUUGUUGUGAAACUGUCGAAGCUUUAUGAUUUGGUCCGUACCAAGGGUAAUCCCGUCAAGGGUGACUCGGCUGCCGGUGGUACUCAACAGAACUUUGUGCGACAAACUACAAAAUACUGGGUUCAUCGCGACAACAUCACCGAACUGAAGCUUGUCGUUUUGAAGCACUUGCCGGUCUUGGUCUUCAAUGCCUCCAAGGAGUUCGAGGAGAAGGAUACCGCCAUCUCCUCCAUCUACUAUGACAAUCCUGACACCUGGGAGCUUUACCAAGGGCGAUUGAAGAAGACGGAAGGUGCCGAGGCUAUCCGUCUUCGUUGGUACGGAGGCAUGGAGAGCGAUCAGAUCUUCGUGGAGCGGAAGACCCAUCGUGAGGAUUGGACUGGCGAGAAGUCGGUCAAAGCUCGAUUCUCGCUGAAGGAAAAGAAUGUCAAUGCGUUCCUGGACGGCCGCAUGACUGUGGAACAGGUCUUCGAUAAGAUGCGCAAAGAGGGCAAGAAGAGCCAAGCAGAGAUCGACGACCUCGAGCAGUUGGCUCGAGAGAUCCAAUAUCGUGUUAUCACCCGUCGCCUGGUCCCCGUCACCCGCACCUUCUACCACCGCACUGCAUUCCAGCUUCCUGGCGAUGCCCGUGUGCGUAUCUCGCUGGACACUGAGCUGACCAUGAUUCGUGAGGACAACCUGGAUGGCCGGCCGCGGGCGGGUAGCAACUGGCGUCGCAUGGAUAUUGGAGUGGACUUUCCCUUCUCUCAGCUGCCCCCCGAGGAUAUUGAUCGCUUCCCAUAUGCUGUGCUAGAGGUGAAGUUGCAGACUCAGGCUGGCCAGGAGCCGCCUCAGUGGAUCCGGGACUUGACAGCUAGUCACCUGGUAGAAGCUGUUCCCAAGUUCUCCAAGUUCAUUCACGGCACCGCUACCCUUUUCCCCACCCGCAUCAACCUCCUGCCCUUCUGGUACCCGCAAAUGGAUGUCGACAUCCGCAAGCCGGUCAACCAACGCUAUGGUAUCCAGCGACCGUUGGCCAGCACAUCCAUGUCUGCGAAUGACGAAGAUUCCGACGACGAGUCACCGGACACCCCUCAACCCCCAGCCAAUGGUUUCUCGCGGGCAGACGAUGACCGUCUGCUGUUCGUCGAGACCAACGGCAACGAAUUGGAUAUUGAGGAGCGCAUUGCUGCUCAGCCUUUGGCAGGGGAAGAAGAUUACCCGCUGUAUGAUUCAGACGAUGAGGCAUGGGAAUCAAGUGAGCUCGAAGAGGCCCGCCGCAUCGGAGGUGCUUAUUAUGCCGAGCAGCUGAUUUUACAUUACAUUCGUCAGACUGGGCACUAUGCAUGGUUAGGCUUGAUGGCUAUCAUUCCUCGCCCACGACCGACUUCUAUGCCUCCUCAAGAGCAGCGUGGAAUUGCCGUUCUACAGGGCACCCGCCGGACCUUGCAGCGAUUCAAGGCACCCCCUGGCAAACGCAUCUUCGUCCCCGUUCGUGUUGAACCCAAGGUAUACUUUGCUGCCGAGCGUACCUUUUUGUCCUGGUUGGAGUUCUCCAUCAUCCUUGGUGGUAUUGCUGCCACCCUCCUCAACUUUGGAGUUGAUUAUAUCUCUCUUGCCUCAUCAUGGGCCUUUACUAUCUUGGCUGCUGCUGCCCUGGUUUACAGCCUGGUCCUUUACUUGUGGCGUGUGGACAAAAUUCGCAAGCGCCGUGACGUCAAGCGAGUGUACUAUGAAAAAUGGGGCCCGACUGUCCUCAGUAUCGGUCUAGUUGCCAUUGUCCUAACCAACUUUGCAUUCCGCAUUCGUGCCGGUGGAUUUAUGGCUGGUGCUGGCGACCAGAAGCCUCGUCACGGUGAGCUGUAA